AUGUCCGGUGUAGAAGUCUCACUCGGCGUAGACGUCGGCACGGGCUCUGUUAGAUGCGCCGCAUUUGACAUGACGGGCAAACAACACGGAGAGGCUUUUACGUCUCCGAUUCGCAUUUCAUCGCCCGCUCCACAGUUUUAUCAACAAUCGACGAAAGAUAUUAUGGCAAAUAUCGAAAGUGUCAUAAAACAAACUCUUUCCUCCGCUUCUCUGAAUGUGACUGGAAUCGGAUUUGCUGCGACGUGUAGUCUUGUAUUCCUCGAUGAAAACUUUGAUGGUGUUUCUGUUCAUCCAGAUGAUCCUGAUUCCGAAGAGGACAUAAUUGUUUGGAUGGAUCAUAGAGCGGAAAAUGAAACUUCCAAGCUAAAUGAUCUGGAAGCUAAAGCGCAUGAUUUCGUUGGCGGCCGCUUUUCGCCAGAAAUGGAGCUCCCCAAGUUAAAAUGGGUCAAAGAAAAGCUCCCUACAACUUGGGAAAAAACGAAACAUGUGUUUGAUCUUGCUGAUUUUUUGUCCUUCAAAGCUAGUUUGGUUCAAGCUCGCUCGGUCUGCACGCUUGUCUGUAAAUGGGGCUGGCUUGCGGAGAUGCAAGAUUGGGAAGAAAAGCUCUUGGUAGACUUUGGGCUGGAAGAUUUGAAAAGUAAAACGCAGGGGGUUGUGAAGCUCCCUGGCGAAGCAAUUGGACAUAUUUCUGAAGCGUUUUCGAAAUCGACUGGGUUGGAUAAAAACGUUUCCGUCAGCGCGAGUCUUAUCGAUGCGCAUUCUGGAGCUCUCGGUGUUCUCCAAGCUAGUGUUGAUUCGUCCAGUUCAAGUUGUAGACUCGCUUUGAUUGCUGGGACAUCUAACUGUCACAUGAUGUUGAUUCCAGAGUGCAAGUUCGUGCCCGGUGUUUGGGGACCCUAUGAAUCAGCAAUUCUUCCUGGCGAAUUCUUACUUGAAGGGGGGCAGACAUCUGCAGGUUCCACUAUCGAUUGGCUCGUGAAUCUUACAAAAUCAACCUUUGCUGAGCUAGAAUCAAAGGCUCAGAAUCUACCGGCUCUUACGGAUGUAUUAUGCAUACCAGAUUUCCAUGGCAAUAGAAGUCCCCUCGCAAAUCCUCUUAUACGUGGAUCUUUUCAUAAUCUCGCAAUUCAUUCCGCAGCUGAAGAAUUAUUCCUUUCCAUUAUUCAAGGGCUGGCAAUGGGUACGAGGAUGAUAAUCGAGCAAAUUGAGAAUAAAUCUGAGGUGAUUGUCAACGAACUUGUUUUAACUGGUCGACUGGCUAGAUCAAAGUUAUUUCAACGCGUCCACGCUGACGUGACUGGAAAACCAGUCGUCGUCGUCGACACCGACAACGGAGUCCUACUCGGCGCUGCGAUGCUCGGAGCCACAGCCAGAGGAACCUUCGACUCUUUGAAAGCUGCGCAAAGAGCCAUGUCUCCCAAGGGGACCCUUGUCGCGCCUGAUUUUACUCUGCAAGAAUUUUAUUCUGAAAAAUUCGAAAAAUUCAAACGCGCUCUUUCUACUCGAUUCUAA